GUAACAUUAGCCAAAGCGACCAACACGUUUCCAGCACACACAAAAAAAGAAGCAUAGCCUCAAAAGCUCUUAAAGACAAGGACUUAUCCACCAUAACUUUCACAGAUUUUUCAAGGAAUAAUCUUCUCUACAAAUACCUCUCCUAUACCAAGCAACCUCAUCACAAUAACAACACUUUGUUAAUUUCUGGUAUCGAUCUCAAAACAAGAAAUUAUGGACAACUACUACAACAACAGCUCCUAUGGUGGUCAAGGGAAACAACAUCGUCCCGGCCAGAACCAUUCGAAUAGCGAGCUUUUCUCCUCUGCUAAGGUGUUGUCGGAAGCAGCACAGUCCGUUUACAACCAUGAACCUGGCAAGAUGGACAAGGCCAAGGUUGCAGUUGCCGCAUCUAAUAUCUUAGGUGCAGCCGGUGUUGAUGAGAGUAAGGGCUUUGGCAAGUACGUUGACAAAACCGCUGUUUAUCUUAAUAAACACGACUCUUCCUAUGGUAACACCGGAGGAAAAACUGGUCAUUCUGGUGGUGGAUUCGGUGGAAGUGGUGGUUAUGGAAAUAAAGUUACUGAACAUUCAGAGAGUGGCUAUGGACGUUAUGGUGGUGGUUAUAAUAGGAAUAAUGAAAGUGGGUAUGGAAGUGGACGUUAUGGUGGCAGUGGUGGUUAUGGGAAUAAUAAUGAGAGUAGAUAUGGAGGUGAACGCUACGGGGCUAGUGGUGGUUAUGGGAAUAUUAACGACGGUGGUUAUGGAGGUUAUGGAAAUAAUAAUGAGAGUGGUUAUGGAGUUAGACGUUCGGGUUAUGGUGCUGCUGAUAACCGUUAUGAGAGUGGAUAUGGUGACGGAGUACGAUCAAGCGGUGGUUAUGGAGAACAAAACUAUUCUGGUGGAGGCUAUGGAUAUGGAGGGAACUCUGGUGGUGGAUAUGGUGAAGAACGUUCUGGAAGAGGGUACGGUAGGGAUGGUGGCGAUAGUCGCUCCGGUGGUGGAUACGGCUAUGUUUAUUAGGUCAAAACUAAAGAUGGAUCAAGGGUUUUUGUGAAACCACUUUCACUGAAUUAAACAUAGAUAAUUAUAAUCACUUAAAUAAGGGACAGUCCAUAAAUACUUUUAUUAUAUACUAUUGCUGUGUUAUAAAGUGUGAAAACACAACUUCGUUGUGUACGAUGUUGUUUCUAAGUAUAAUUUAGCUUUAGUAAUUUGUGUAGUUACUUUGUAGUAUGUACUAAUGUAUUCAACCAGACAAUAUCUAUGUAUUCGUCUCGGAGUGAAAUAAUAGACUAUUUAUAAUAUUACUCUA